AUGGCAAACGUUGCGCAGCCGGCUUCCAGCGGCCCUGACUACCUCUUCCGAGUUAAGCUGAUCGGGGAUUACGGCGUGGGCAAGUCGAGCUUCAUUCUGCGAUUUACAGACGACAAGUACUCUGAUGGCCCAAUAUUUGAUUUCAUCUGCGGCAUCGACUUCCGUAGCCGGACCAUGUCGCUGGAUGGCAAGAAGGCCAAGAUGCAGCUUUGGGACACUGCCGGUCAGGAGCGAUUUCGCACCAUGGCCGCCAGCUACUACAAAGACGCGCAUGGGAUCAUCGUGGCCUUCGACCUUACGAACCGCGAGUCCUUUCACAACGUUCGCCACUGGCUGGAGGAGAUUGACAAGUAUGCUGAGCCCGGGAUCAGCAAGCUGCUUGCGGGCAACAAGUGCGACAUGUCCAACAGGGCAGUUACCUACGACGAGGCCCAUGAGCUUGCAGAUGAGCUCGGCUUGUGCUAUUUGGAGACCAGUGCCAAGAGCGGCCACAACGUCAACGAGGCUUUGGCAAAGAUGGCCAAGGAGAUCAAAGACCGAGGCUCAAUGCAAGUUCUGCCGUCUGCUACUCCGCCGCGGAUGAUCUUGGGACCUGGCCACGGGAUCUCUGCAACCAAGUGUUGCCAGUAG